CCCCGUUACCGCUUCGUUCUCUCUCUUUCCCGAAACGCAAAACCCCGAUUCCCUGAUUCCGUUACGAGUCCUCCUGACUCGUGACUCGUUACGCGCUUUCCCUCCUCCUCCUCCUCUACGCAAACCCUCGCAUCCAUGGCCUCCACCUCCCUCGCUCCCACUCCCUCCUCUAUCCACUUCUCUAUCCACUCCGCGCUCCGCAACGAAGGUGGGCGAAAACCCAUUACCCAAUUCCCCAGGAUCUCCCUCAAAUGGCGCCGCAACCCCUCCGCCGCGGCCUCUCUCCACGGCGUCGCCGGUGGAAGAGGAGAAGAAGGAGGAGGAGAUGCCCUAAAUGGUAGCAAUAAUGGGGUCAAAGCUGUCGAGCUAAUCGGAGUUUCCGAUGUUACCCACGCUGAGAUCAGUUCGAACGAUUCCCAAACACUCCCUAGGCCCCUCUCGGUUUCUGAUGUCGCCAAUUCUGUCGAUGGAUCGAGACUACGAGUGGCGUACCAGGGUCUUCCUGGGGCAUAUAGUGAAGCUGCAGCCGCGAAAGCAUACCCCAAUUGCGAAGCGGUGCCGUGCGAAUUAUUCGAGACUGCUUUUGAUGCUGUUGAACGUUGGCUUGUUGAUCGGGCAGUUCUGCCCAUUGAGAAUUCACUAGGUGGUAGCAUACACCGCAACUAUGACCUCUUACUUCGCCAUAAGUUGCACAUUGUUGGCGAAGUAAAAUACGCCGUUCGACACUGCUUGUUAGCAAAUCGCGGUGUGAAGAAGGAAAACCUAAAACGAGUUCUCAGCCAUCCCCAAGCUCUUGCACAAUGCGAACACAAUCUGACCAAGUUAGGAGUUAUCAGAGAAGCUGUAGAUGAUACAGCAGGUGCUGCAAAGUUUGUUGCUCUUAACAAGCUCCAAGAUACAGGGGCGGUUGCUAGUUCAUUAGCCGCUGAAAUUUAUGGCUUGGAUAUUCUUGCACGAGACAUUCAGGAUGACUCUGAUAAUGUCACUCGGUUUCUAAUGCUGGCACGAGAACCGAUUAUUCCAAGUACUGGGAAGCCAUUUAAGACCAGUAUUGUUUUCUCUCUAGAAGAAGGGCCCGGAAUGCUUUUUAAGGCACUUGCUGUAUUUGCUAUGAGAGAUAUAAACCUCACAAAGAUUGAAAGCCGUCCGUGCCGGAAAAAGCCUUUCCGCGUAAUUGAUGACAUUUGUACAAUACCUUUAAAGUACUUUAACUAUCUCUUCUAUGUGGAUUUUGAAGCAUCAAUGGCUGAUCCUAAUGCUCAGAAUGCCCUUAGGCACUUAAAGGAAUUUGCCACCUUCUUGCGAGUCCUCGGUAGCUAUCCAAUGGAUGUGACCGAAGCGUGAUUGAGAGCGGGAUGGAGCUGAAGAUGCACACACAAAGAAGAAAUAAUAAUCCUACAUUAACUGUGUCAUCAAAUGCUUCGGAGUACAACCACAGAGGACCAAAAGCUUCAACUAUGUUCAAGAUUCAGGACUAUUAUCCUGAGCCACAUGUUAACCAAAUUAUUCAACAGGUUGCUGUGGAUCCAGAUCUCAGCUUGUGAGGAAGUGCUUUUAUAGUUGGAAUAUUUAUUUAUAAAGAGUUUGUUCUAAGCAUUGCCAAAGUUGAUUUUUUUUGUCUUCUUCCCUGUUUUUUUGUGAGAUAUCGGGAAGAGUUGCUGAGUAAAGAAGGGCCCGAAACCAAAAUUUAUCCCGUGUACGAGACAAAUUAUUCCAGAAUUUAGGAUUAUUUUAAUUUUUCUAUUGCUUUUA